AUGCAAGACCUACGCGAAGCAAACUCGACAAGGCGGACCUCUGAAUUAGAAAGACAGUUGAGCGAUUUUCAACCACGUGAAGAAAAUUUCCAGAGGCAGUUAAGAGAUGAGCAGCAACGCGAAGAGAAUUUACAAAGACAGUUCAGAGAGCUUCAGGAACGGGAACAAAGCCCUCAAAGGCAGCUGACGGAGUCGCGGCAGCGUGAACAAAAUUUGUAGCGGCAAAUCAGAGAUGAGAACUUCAGUAACGGGGACAAAGCUCUCAAAGGCAGCUAACGGAGUUUCAGCAACGUGAAGAAAAUUCACAGAGGCAAUUAAGGGAGACAAGACAGCAGUUGAGAAAUUGCCGAGGACAAGUUUCUGAACCACAGUUAAGUCUUUCAACAACUCAGCAAACAAUAAGUGAAUUGCACAGCCAAGAAGCACGUGACUGGGUUAUUCUCCGGGACGAAAUUAAAAUCACUGAGAAAUGCCUUGUGAGGGGAGGAUGGGGAAUUGUCAAUGAGGGAACGUACGCAGUAAAACAAAUCCAUGAGUCGAUUCUUUCUCCUCAUAACAUAAAUCUGUUUGAAAGAGAAAUGAAUAUCGCUUCUAAAUGCCGCCAUCCUCACUAA